AUGCGUGAUGUAUUGCGUUUUUGCAAUCCAAAAAGUUUAGAGAUGCCUUUCGGAGGGAAAACUAUUGUAUUUGGCGGAGACUUUCGACAAAUUUUGCCAAUUAUCCCAAAAGGAAGUAGACAGGAUAUUGUUAAUGCAACAAUAAAUGCAUCUUACUUGUGGCCGUACUGUAAAGUGUUAUGUCUGAUAAAAGAUAUGCGACUUCAAAGCUCAUCCUCGAAUAGUGAUUAUGAAAACUUAAAGCAAUUCUCAGAAUGGAUUGCGAACAUAGAAGAUGGAGAAAUUCAGCGGCAAACAAUUGGAUGCGAAAACAUUACUAUUCCAGAAGAGAAUUUGUUGAAAUAUUCUGGAGAUCCCAUUGCAACUAUUGUGGAAAGUACAUAUCCAUCACACUCCAAUAUUUUUUAUGAUCCAACAUACUUGGAAAAGAGGGCAAUAUUGGCUCCAACACUUGAUGUGGUUGACUCUAUCAAUAAAUAUAUGACUUCUUUAAACACAUAUGAAGGAAAUACAUAUUUCAGCUUUGAGAGUGCUUGCAUAUCAGAUUCAAAUGUUGAUUUAUUAGCUGAUGCGCACAAGCCUGAAUUUUUGAAUGUGAUCAAGUGUUCUGGUGUGCCUAAUCAUGAACUCAGGCUGAAAGUAAGUAUUUUGGUUAUGCUCUUGAGAAAUAUUGACCACUCAGUUGGUUUGUGUAAUGGGACAAGGAUGAUUAUUACUAAACUUGGAAAUCAUGUUUUAGAAGCAAAGGUAUUAUCUGGAAGUAGUGCAAGUCAUAAAAUCUUGAUUCCAAGAAUGUCAUUAACUCCUUCAGAUUUGAGAUUGCCUUUUAAAUUUCAAAGAAGACAAUUCCCUCUAAUCAUCUCUUAUGCAAUAACGAUUAACCAGAGUCAAGGUCAAUCACUUUCUCAUGUAGGCCUCUUUUUGAAAAGACCAGUAUUUAGUCAUGGGCAAUUAUAUGUUGCUGCUUCAAGAGUCACCAACCCAAACAGAUUGAAGAUUUUGAUUUGUGAUAAGGAGAACACCCAAAGUAAUUCCACAACAAACAUUGUAUACAAAGAGGUUUUCCAAAAUUUGUAA